AUGGGUUUUAUCAAUAAAAAAUAUUUGAGAUUGGUCUUAUACUCGAUCUUAUUGGUAACUUUCUUGGGUUCAUUCAAAUAUGUGAAGAGAGUCACCCAUAAUGAAACAGAGAAUAUUAAUAAUGGUGAUCAAGUCAUUGUAGAUGUUGGUAUUCUUCAAUGUGUUCAUAUGUUCUCCAUGGAAAUUUGUCCUCGUAUCUUACAUUCAACUGGUCACUCUAAAGGCACCACCAGAAAAAUUGUAAGAAAGGAUUUGAAGGCAAAAACCGGUAGUAUAAGACUUGCAAAUUACAUCUAUUAUGAUCAUAUUUCAAAAAACUUGGCUAAAAAGGAUUUCAUUACUGGUAUAACAAGUGACAAUUCUGAUAGAAAACAAAAAUAUGAUAAAUUAGCUAAAAAUAUAUUCGUCACAAGAAAUGGUAAAAGAGAUUCUACCAUUAAAGGCAUUGAUGUUUUGUUCAACGUUGAGGUAGAUCCGAGAUUAAAAUGGAAUAUAAUAGAUGAUAUCUCUCUUCCUGGUAACAGCAAAUGGACAAAACUUUCAGUAUAUAAACCAAAUAGUUCGAAAGAAGUUUUACCAGAAAUUCAGUUAGGUGUUAAGGGUAGAACUAAUAAAUUCAAAAUUUUACAAUUGGCUGAUUUGCAUUAUUCAACUUUAGAUGGAGAGUGUAGGGAUGAAUACCCAAAAACUGAAGAUUGUAACGCAGAUUUUAAAACAAGAACUUUUAUUGAAUCGAUUUUGAACUUGGAUAGACCUGAUUUGGUUGUUUUCACUGGUGAUCAAAUAAUGGGUAGUCAAUGUUCUUUAGACGCCACUAGUGCCCUGUUUAAAGUUGUAAAUCCUAUUAUAAGAAGAAAAAUUCCUUGGACAAUGGUAUGGGGAAACCAUGAUGAUGAAGGUUCCUUAUCAAGAGUUCAGCUAUCAAAUCUAGCAAUGAGUUUGCCUUAUUCUAUGUUUCGCUAUAAUCCAAAUUUUGACACAUCUGACAAUACUUUUGGUACUGGUAAUUAUAUUCAUAAGAUUAGGGCUUCCGAUGGUUCUCCUCUAGCAUCUCUAAUAUUCUUGGAUUCACAUAAGAAAGCGACAACAAAAACUGGUAAAGUUAAGCUCGGGUAUGAUUGGAUAAAGGAAUCUCAACUAAAUUAUGUCAAAGAAAAUUAUGGAACAGAAACACCAUUAAAUAUGGCUUUCUUCCAUAUUCCAUUACCUGAAUUCUUAAAUACUAAAUCUGAUGAAGGUGUGAAAAAUGUAAUUGUAGGUUUAUUUAAAGAAGGUGUAACAGCACCACGUUAUAAUUCUGGUGCGUUAGACGUAUUGAAAUCAUUAAAGGUUCAAGUCGUAGGUGUAGGUCACGACCAUUGUAAUGACUAUUGUUUGUUAGAGAAAUCUAAGAAAUACGGCACUUGGCUAUGUUUUGGAGGUGCCGCAGGUGAAGGUGGUUACGGUGGUUAUGGAGGAACUGAAAGAAGGGUCAGACUAUAUGAAAUUAAUGGCAAAGAUCUAAGUAUCAAGACUUGGAAACGUUUAAAUAGUAAGCCUAAGGAAAAAUUCGAAGAACAAUUACUAGUACAAAACGGCGUAUCAUUAUAG